AUGCCGUCGUGGCCGAACAGCAACGAGACGUCGGACGACGAUGACGAGUACAUGAGCGAGUUCAGCAGCAUGCAGAUGGAGUACUUUCAAACUCCUGACACUGUGAUAGACCCUAGUUUCUGUGGGCUUGUGACUGAAUCUGACAGAAGGUGCGUCCUGCACAGGCAGAGGGCGGGCAAGUUUGUGGCAUUUGAAGGCACUGACACUGGCAGGAGAUUCAUAGGAUGUGCUACUGAGGAUGGUGUGAACUGUGGUGUUCUGGAGUGGGUAGAUGCCCCCUGGCCUGUAAUUCUGCAAAGGUGCUUAAGCAAGCUCUGGGAUAUGUAUCAUGAGCAGAACCUUGGUAGAGCCCAGGAUAAUGAGGCUCAUGGGAUAGAGGUUGCAAAACUGCAAAAGGAGCUUGAUUCUCUGGCCAAUCAGUAUAGCCAGCUGGUGGAUGAUGUGUCCAAGUUGUUUGAUUUUCAGGAUGGAAUCAUAUCUCAUGACAUGGAUUACACAAGCCAGGCAAUCAAUGAACUGAAGGAGAAGAAGAAGCAACUUGAGGAGCAGGCAAAGAUUGAGCUUCAAAUGGAGAAGCUUAAGCUCAAGAAAGAACAAAGGUGCAUCCUUCAGAGUCAAGCUGAUAUAAUCCAAAACACAAGGAAGGCCAUGAAGGAGCUAGAGGUGGAGAAAGAUCUCCUUAAAGAAGAGAAGAAGAAGCUGGAGAAUGUCAUUGCUGAGCUCCAUAAGGUUGGUCAUGGGUGCAAGGAAAAGCUAGACAAGAUAAAGGAAGUUGUGAUGGAGGAGUGA